AAUGGACGCUAGACGAGGCAGAAAUUUGCAGAGGUAUUACUGUAUUGUAUAAAUUUAUUCCAGCCCUUUUGAAAUGAGAGGAUGUACUGCUUAGUUAGUAUUCUUCCUUUCAAACUAAAUGCUUUUGUCCCUAAUUCAAGUUGAAUAAUUUUAUCUGCAAAUGAUUUCACAAUGCUGCUCUCUACUCCCAGGGUAACAAACAAACUAAGAUUACAGGUAAUCCUGAGUGAUGAGUUCGCUGCCUUCAAGAGCAUUUGAAUCUGUUCUGAAAGCAUUAGUUUCUGCAAGUAAGCACCAUUCACUUGAAUAAACAUUAAACUGAAAGGCAAAUCAUCCAAUGUAUAGCUCUGAAUAGUUGUGGAGAAGAAAAAAAUCGGAGGGAUGGUUUAAUGAUUCGCUAGAGACAUUACAUAGCAUUAUAUAUGGGCUGCUCCUUGCAGUUGGUAGACACAGUUGUUGACCGAAUUGCACUGUGGCUUUCAUUACAACCACUACCCCAAAAAAUUGCUUCCUGAAACAAAAUGGAUUGGAUGGAGCCGAUUCCAGCGUUGUUCCUCUUUAUCCUUAUGAUUUCCUUUGUUUUGAAACUGGGCACUUUCUGGAACAAGAGCUCCCAAAAACGUCCGCCAGGACCGAGGCCUUUACCUCUCAUUGGGAAUCUCCACAGCAUGGAUCUGAAGAUGCCUUACAGAACCAUGCUAAAGUGGUCAAAAGAGUAUGGCUCUGUCUUCAGCAUCCAAAUGGGUUCUGAGAAAAUGGUGGUGCUGGCAGGAUAUGAGACGGUAAAGGAGGCCCUGGUGAAUCAGGCCGAUGCAUUUGCCGAGAGGCCCAUCGUCCCAAUUUUGGAAGAGCUCACAAAGGGCUUUGGUGUAGCUUUUUCUCAUGGUGAAUACUGGAAAGUGAUGCGACGGUUUGCACUAAGCACAUUACGGGAUUACGGCAUGGGAAAGAGGUCCAUAGAGGACAGAAUUGUUGAAGAGUGCAGUGUCCUGGUUAAGAAAGUUGAAUCUUACCAAGGAAACCCGUUUGAGACCACCACAAUUAUGAAUGCAGCUGUUGCCAAUAUUAUAGUGGCCAUACUACUAGACAAGCAAUUUGAUUAUGAAGAUCCCACAUACAUAAGACUUCUGAAGUUGGUCAAUGAAAAUGCCCGGCUUCUUGGAAACUUCUCAGUCAUGCUGUAUAACAUGUUUCCUGCUCUUGGUUUUCUUUUGGGGGCUCGUAAGACUAUCAUUCAAAACAGAGAUGAGCUGUUUGCCUUCAUAAAUGCCACCUUCAUAAAACACCUCCGAGAUUUGGAUGAAAAUGACCAAAGGAGCUUUAUUGAUUCUUUUCUUAUUCGACAGCAAGAGGAGGAGGAGAAGAACAAGACGAAUGGAUACUUCCGCAACGAAAACUUAAAAGCUGUUGUGGCCAAUUUAUUUGCUGCUGGCAUGGAGACCGCUUCUACCACACUGCGCUGGGGACUGUUUCUAAUGAUGAAAUAUCCUGAAAUUCAGAUAAAGGUCCAAGAAGAAAUUGCAAAAGUUGUUGGAUCUUCUCAGCCAAGGAUUGAACACCGAACAAAAAUGCCUUAUACAGAUGCCGUGAUCCAUGAGAUCCAGAGGUUUGCCGAUAUCGUCCCAACCAACCUGCCACAUGCCACGACCACAGAUGUUACCCUCAAUGGCUACUUCAUUCCAAAGGGGACUCACAUCAUACCAUUGCUGUCCUCUGUGCUGCAUGAUGAAUCUCAAUGGGAGAAACCACAUAAAUUCUAUCCUGAGCAUUUUCUCAACUCUGAAGGAAAAUUCGUAAAGAGAGAUGCUUUCAUGCCUUUCUCUGCAGGUCGGAGAGCAUGUGUAGGUGAGACUCUUGCCAAAAUGGAGCUCUUCCUCUUCUUCACAAGUCUCCUGCAGAGAUUCACCUUCCAGCCACCCCCUGGAACGUCUCAAGAAGACCUGGAUCUUAGUCCUGUUGUUGGGCUUAUAAUAUCGCCCAUGCCCCACCAGCUCUGUGCUCUGCCACGUUUCUAAGACUCACCAGUUCCUGGGUUGCUUAUCCUACCUUUGUGUGCAAUGCAAGCCUUUUUUAAAAACCCCUGUUCAACAAGGGUAUUUGGGUUGAGUAGCCUAUGGGUGGAAUUGGUCCGUGCUUUGUCACAAACCUUAAGUGUUCCCCUUUACCUGCCAUGCUGAUGAAUCCCAUAAAGCUAGUGUUGAAGCAUCUAGACCUGAAUUAUUAUGACAUUGGGGCCGGGGCACCAACUCUAUGGGGCUGAGGUGUCUUAGCCUCUCUCCCCCCCCCCCAUAUCUGUUGGAAGGGGCCAUGCCCCCUCCAUGUUGACGGGGCGAGGGAGGCCAUCCACGGAGCUGAGCGCAGUGCAGAAUAGUGCAGCUCCACUGACUGGCUCCUCCUGAGUGCAGGAGGGGAGGAACCACCGGCCAUUGAAGCCAAGCCAUUGUGGACUCCAUGCUUGGUCUCCCCUGACGAUGGGAUGUUAUGCACUCAUGACGUCACAUUUGGGUGCAAGUUGGUGCCUCUGCUUUGGGCAUAGAGAUCAACCAAUGAAACUGGUUUCUUGUAGUCACAUGUUAACAAAUGCCUUCAAAUAUCUUGAAGCAUCAUAUUCCCAGUUAAAUGUCCAAAUAUUGAGGUAUCUGAUCAAGACCUGUAUUUAAAAUGAGCUUAAAAGAUAUAUUUGCAAAUGCUUGUAUGUUUCAUGCCAGGUGGCAGCUGUUUAUCUUCCUGCUCAAGCCCCCCCCCCCCCGAUUUAUAGCAGUAGCAGGAGACACGUUUCUCAAAGUUGUAAAAGGGAAUUACAGGCUACAGGAGCAAAGGUCAUACUGACCAUACAAAUUACAGAAUACAAUCAAGCUGCAAAAACACUAAUUAAGAGUUAAAAUAAUACCAGGUGCCUCCCAUUAGACUUGAGCCAUAUUUUCAUAAGGUUAAAGGGCAAGAGCUAAUAGGAACAGCAGCUGGCUUGAAAGGGGGGUGUAAAUUUAAGGGGUUGCUUUUGGAAACUGUUUUUACUAAGUUCCUUUCCUUCUAAAAAGCUAUAUAUGUUAAUGUAUGAAAUAUAUUGGCUUAAUGUAAUUAUGCACAGGAUUUAGAAAGUAAGAAAUGUUAGAUUCUUAUGUUAGAUUCUUAUUUCAUUGAUGGUUUGUGAGAUGGUGAACCCAAGAUCUCUGUUUAAGAUAAAAUUUAAAACCAUGCGCCAUCUGUUUUAGCCAUCUGUUUUUGAGUGAAUAGGGCAAUAGGGCAAUAGGGCAAAAGGUGAAAUGUUAAUUAAGGUGCCUUGUCGAGGCAAAUGUAAGAUAUAUGGCCACUUGUCUGCCAUUUAUGGAUAGAAGGAAAUAUAGCUCUUUGUCUCCCAUAAAAGGUAAUAGGAAAUGGGUGUAUCUUUUAUGAUUGGUUCUAGCAAAGAGCCAAUAGGCAUUUCAACCAGGCUGAUUGGACAGAGGCAGCCAAAGGAGGAGCAAGGAGGCUGGGCUGAGGAAAUAUAAGUGCUGGCCAUCAGGGCUGGAGGGGGCAGAGCUUUUGGUAACCAUAUACCACUGUGCCUAUCAUUUAUUUGUCUGACAAAUAAAUUAUUAUUUUAAUUUCUC